GUGGAAUAGAAGAAUUUGAAACAAAAGAACUCAAAAAUGAAAUAGUCGAAGACGAUGAACUUAUCGUCUCUCAUGGUAUUGGAAAAACAGAACUUGAUGAUUUAUUGCAAAAACUUAAAGGGUUACAAUAA